AUGAAUCCAUCUAAAACUGGUUUAAGUACUUAUAAAGCACGUGCAAAAAGUUGUCUUGGUGGUGGUUCUUCUAGUUCAAACAAAAACCAAGACAUCCUCAUAAUGAUGAACAGAGAUAAUAAUAGUAAUAUAUUAGCUGGUGUGAAGGGUAUAUUUACUGAAGCAUGUGCUAAAUUUUGUGCUUAUGAUUUACGCCCGUACAAAUUGAGUUCUGAAUCACUCGAUUCACUUGCUUUUCUGUAA